ACAGUUUCAUUACCGGCUUGACGCGGACGCCAUUUGCAUUCAUUCAUCAAAACGAUUUCGUGUUAUUCACGCGUAAUUUUUGAAUAAUCCUAUCGAAUUUCAACGUUAAAACACCAAUAUAAUGGCUGUUCACAUUAAAGACAAGGACGAUUUUUCAACAAAAUUAACUGACGCUGGAGAUUCUUUGGUAGUCGUUGAUUUCUUCGCGACAUGGUGCGGUCCGUGCAAAAUGAUUGCACCAAAAUUGGAGGAAUUAGCGAAGGAGAACAGCAAUAUUCUCGUAUUGAAAGUGGACGUUGAUGAAUGUGAGGAUAUCGCGAUGGAAUAUAACAUCACGUCGAUGCCCACUUUUAUUUUUAUCAAAAGCAAGAAAGUUGUGCAACAAUUUAGCGGGGCUAAUUAUGAUAAACUCAAACAGAUGAUUGUCGAGUUCAAAUAGAGAAGUAAAAAACGUUAAAAUUAAAAAAAGAAUUGCCUAAAAAUAUUUCACAAUCUAUUUUACUUUUGGCUUUAAUGAUUAAACUUAAAAUUAAAUAUUAUGUAUUUUCUUUUCUAUUCUUAUUAUGAUGUAUAUUAAAAAUAUCUUUUUUUGGGAGUUUGUUAAAUUUCCUGGAUGGGUAACUUAAUAAAAUAAAGUUUGGUUGCUCUUUUCGGGUGUCCUGUUGCCUUAAGAUUCCAUUUGUAUACUUAAUAUAAUAUAAAGCUGUAUUUGUAAUUUGUUGUUGUAUUUUUUCGUGUUUAAUUCACUCCGUUGUUGUAAUAAUUAAAUAUGUAGAAAUUGUGCAACUUAAAUAAAUUUGAACAAAUAAAACUAA